AUGGGUCAAACACACAGCGCGCCUCCCAACGAGGCGGUGCAGUUCCGUCAGAUGGCGGUGGCGACGUAUCGCGGAGACGUCGAAGCCCUGCGACCCAUUUUCCGUCCUGAGCUACGGGGGCUGCAGAUCUCGCGUUCCACUUACUUGGACAUUUGCAUGCAGGAGCAGACACACUUGCAAACACUCACGGAUUCUCUAGAGCGAGAGGAACGACUCAACGAGUUGCAGGACGAGAAGAUGGAGUUCUUCUCGGCAGUGGAGAGGGGCAAAUUAGCGCUCGGAGAUACAUUACUGCAUAUCGCCGUUCGACUCGGACACGCAGAAGUGCUGGACUUUAUGUUGCUCACGGACUACCAGAAGCCACCCAGGACUGCAGCUACUCCAAGUACUGCGAGCAGCGUUAUGAGCAGCGCUACUACCGGCAGAGCGUCUACUGCUAACCUCGUUGCACCGCCACCUCUGCCUUCAAAUACGCCGAACUUCAAGGGUGAAUUGCCUCGAGACGUCGUAGGGACCAAUUCUUCCCUCCAGCUUCUACUGGCAACCAUCGAUGACGUGCACGAGGUCUUUGGGUCGAGUUAUCGCGAUGAGCCCAAGAUCCACCGCUUAGUUCGGUCUCUGCGACGUCUCUGGCCUUUGUGGAUGUUUGAAGGCCAACAAGAAGCUGCUGCUCUGGUACGGGUGCUCUACGAUGUACGGACCUCCGACCCAGCUUUUGGAGGUCUGGUACGCGUGGCGAUGGCUGUAGCAGAGCGAUUCCGAGUGGCUGUGUCACGCGAUGGAGUUCGUAUCGCAGUUACUUUGCUGGCAGAGCAUGAUGGGGGCAUUCACCAGGCUCGACAAGCGUGGAUGAAGGACUGGAGCAACGAACGCAAGCUCCAAGAAUUCGCCGCAAUUUUCCGGCGCUGGUUCCCCCUUUCCAAGCAGAGUGGCCGACGGAAAGACGAAGAAGAACAAGAAGCGCGUAUAGUUUUCUUUGAUGCAGCUAUGAUGACCUGGCUGCAGAUUGCGCAGGAUCUACGGCUUUUUGGGACUGGGUCAAAUGCUGGACCCGUCGAGCUGGAUGCUGCAGGGUUGAAGCGGUAUGAUUCACAAGUGUGGCAACGGCGGAUCAGUCCACCACCCGCGUCCAUAGGCGAUCUCUGCGUGCAUAUUAAUUCUCUUGAAGGGUAUUUGAGACUGCCGCACCUCAGUGUAUAG